AUGGGGAAAAGAGGGCAGCUAAACAAACCUCAGUGGUGCACAUAUGGUAAUGGGAGCAAAGCUGCAGAGGAUUCAAAAGGAGACACAGGAGUGGCUGUCCCCACACCUGAAAGCUUUUAUCCUCCAGUUGAUGAGCCUUCCAUUGGCACUGAAGAACUGGAUUUGUCUGAGCGUCAUGAAAGGAAAAAAAUAUUCAGUGGAAAAACCUUUGUAUUUCUAACUGCCAAGCAGCACAAGAAACUAGGUCCAGCAGUUAUUCUUGGAGGAGGGGAAGCAAAAUUGAUGAUGGAAGGAAGAAAAGAAACAUCUUUACUGGUUUCUCCUGAAGUUUGUGUUGUUGAUGUAGGGUUGACAUACUCUCAGAUCCCAGGAUCUGACUCCAUGAGACACUGGACUGAUUCCAUUCUGACUAUCUUGCAAAGCAAGGAUCUCAGGGCUAUUCCGGAGGCAGAAAUUGGAUUGGCAGUUAUCUUCAUGUCUACAGAAGAAUACUGCAACCCUCAAAAGCAGCCUGGUAACAAAGCUGUAACUAAAAGUACUUCUGCACCAGCUGUUGUAGCGCGAGCUAUUUCUCAAAGUUUGGCUGUGGAUGAAACAAUAAUGCCAACUGCUGCAGAUAACAGCACAGGAUAUGUAGCUGAUACAGAAAUAGAAGAGCAGACAUGUACGGAGAUAGAGAAUACUCCCCAGGUGGACAGAAGAGAGAAAAUUGCUUUCCAGGAUAUAACCAUUGUAAAGAAAAACCCUAGCACAAGUGGCAAUCUAAAUGCAGGAACGUCGGUAUCUAGAGUGAACAGAACAUUUGGCUUUAGUCAAAAAAGUGAUCCUGUCUCGCCAUCUAAAAUUCCAGAAGCUGGUAAAACUAGUGAGAGUGCUUCACGUCACCAGACUAACUCAAUUACAAAUUACUUCCAGGUAGCUAGAAAAAGAGAUGAAGGAGAAGAAACAUCUGUACCCAAACUAGCAAAACUGGAGGAAAGGUCGUCGCCUGUUUCCAAGUGCACUGAACCCACAGCUUCUUCAGUGUGGAACAGGGAAGCAGAACUGCAUCAAAAGGAAAAUAACAUCCUGGACCCAAACCCAAAUUUUGCAUUAGAAGAGACAGGUAUAAAGCUUACAAGGGAAAGUGGCAAACUAGCAAGUGAUAAAACAGACACUAAAAUUACUUCUAGUGAAAAGCGUGCACCAAAGAAGAGAAAGGAGUUAGAUGAUUUGUCUGAAGAUACAGAAGCCCUAGAAAUUGUGUUUGGAAGCAGAGACCUAGAUUGGGAAGAUCAAGUAGCAGAUCGUGACCAGGAAGCUCAAGGCAAUAUACCAAAAAAAAGAUGUUUGGAAGCCAAAGGAAGCCCGAUUCAAGAAGUAAAUGUAAAGCAGAGAGAGGAUAAUAAAAUAUUGAAAGAAGAGAAACUUGGACCAGUUCUAACUUCAGAAAUGGAAAGUGAGAUCAAGCCAGAGUCACCAAUCUUGGUAAGAAACCAGCUAACUAACCACAACAAACUUCAAGAUGACUCCAACAAUCUUCCUAGCAGACUUCUCUUGACCGAGUUUAGAUCAUUGGUUGUCAGCCAUCCAAGACAGAACAGUCAGCUUAGUGGAAAUACCAGCUCCGGGGGAAAGAAAAAUUUCAAAAUGUUCAAAAAGGUAGCUUAUCCAGGGGCAGGACAAAUUCCAUACAUUAUUGGAGGAUCAGAUUUGAUUGCUCACCAUGCUAAAAAGAAUUCAGAGCUAGAAGACUGGUUAAGGCAAGAAAUGGAGGAACAGAACCGACAUGCAAGAGAAGAAUCACUUGCUGAUGAUCUCUUUAGAUAUGAUCCUAAUGUGAAAAGGAGAAGAUAA